AUGGCAGCUCGCCGAGUACAGGGCCGUCUUCGAGAGCUGGUACACAACUACCGAACCGUUACACAAGCUGGCACCAGCUCCUCGAGCCGGGUCACUCUAGCACCUACUGCUGCCACUGUGCCAACAUGUUGGUCUAGCCCAGCUCGAGCGUUUGGUUCGGCCGCAUCCAGCACAUCUUCAUCUUUUACUUCUGCGCCAUCGACAUCGGCGGUAGCUGCAAGAGGCGCCAAAUUGCGCUCGUCUCCUGCACUUGGUACUAGAGUCACCGGCGAAAGUGUGCUUUCGCACUUCUCUUCGGCUCGCUUCUCUUCGACUUCAUCAGAUCUGCUUGGUUCGAAUCCCGACCUUGCACUGCGCGCUGUUACACACGAGUCCUAUCUCAACGCACGUGAAGGUCACAACCGUCGAUUUGCGUUUUUAGGCCGCAGAACGCUCAAGCUCCUCACCACGCUGUAUCUGCACGCUCGUUUGCAGUCAACUACGAAAGGCGAUGCUGCGCACAACUAUAUCAGCCGGUUGCUAGAGUCGCCUACCGGAGUUGACUCGAUCCUCACAACACACAGGCUUGGAGACAAGAUCGGCAGGGAGCUCGGUCUUGAGAACGUGAUGCGAUGGACGCCAGCGGUAUCGGAUGGGCAGGUAGGACCUAGGGAGACCGGACUGUUCAAGGUUCGAGGUGUUGCAGUCGAGGCUUUGGUAGGCGCCAUCUACCACCAGAAGGGCGCUUCCGAGGCUUCCAAGUUCUUCCAGCGCUGGAUCUUGCCUUCCUUGUUACACGACGGAUUCCCCAGCCCUGUCCCGGAAGAGCUCAAGCAGGGUGUCGUCUCGUUGACAGCCCAACCUUGA